AUGUACGUGAAGAGAGGGGUUGGUCAGAGUGAGACAAUCUCACCUGGAAUAUUCGUUGCCACUCUCGAGAAUGCGAUGCAAGAAUUGGAAUGGGAUGACAUGGGAGAGAAGGUUAACAGCCGGCAUUUGCACCAUCUUCGUUUCGCUGAUGACAUCGUUCUAAUACCAUCAAGCGUCAAUCAGGCGGAACGGAUGCUGACCGAAUUUGAUGAAACGAGUAAAAAGAUCGGUCUUUACUUGAACCUAGACAAGAAGGUGUUCAUAAGGAAUGGAUCGGUUUCUGAUGCCCAUUCAGGCUCAGCGGAACGAACAUAUCCGAAUGCACCAACUACGUUUAUCUAG